AUGCUCAGCAUGUUUGCAAUUCACAAUAUUGAUCGCCCUAACAAUGAAGUUAUUCCUCUGACGUACACCGGAGAUUUUUUAAGUGGAACUUCGAACUAUGGUGAGAUAUUUCGCCAAAACUGUGAAGGGAGCUCUAUGAUUGAGUUACCAGGAUCUGCAAGUCAUUCCUGUCCUUCAUAUGAAUUAGAAACGCCUGCCGUGGCACCUUCUACUUACUUAUAUCAUUUUGAGAAAAUAUUCAACCCAUGUGAUAACUUACCAAUAAUAAGUCUAUCAUCAUCUGAGGCAUACUUUUGGGACUUAUACCAAAAUAAGUUUGCUAUAUCGUAUCCCUUUUUCUGCGAUAAUGAAAAUCCUUUUUUGAAAGUAGUUUUACCAUUUGCAAUAUCCAACUCAGAUUUGAGAUGCGCUUUGAUGGUUUUAUCUGGAUCCAAUAAGUUGGACUUGGUCGACUCUAGACUAAAAAUGGAACAUGAAAAGCAAAAAGGUGUACUUUUAACGGUCAUAACUAAUUCAUUAAGAAGCAACCUCGAGGGGUCAUCUUUAAACGAAAUAUCUGUGUUGUUGUUCUUAUUAGUGACAAUCCUUUUGUUUGAAAAGAUAAAUGGGGGUCAUAGAUCUAAGAUCGAAAAUCAUCUUCGUGCUAUUAAAUAUAUCUUUGAAGUGACUGGAUUGAGAAACAUCGUCAGGAAUGAUUUGGCGUUAUUUGCAUUCAAGAACUUUCUUUAUAAUGACAUUAUGAAUUCACUUACUUAUUCAACCAUUCCAUACUUAUUUGAAUUAUCUGAUUAUGAUGAAUUGGUUUCAAGAUACCCAUUUGUAAAGUUGGCUAUUGACUUGAUCAAGUUUAAAAAUACUGCAGUUAUGACACUGGGAGAUAAAGCUGCUGAUGAUCUUAGAUACGAAUAUCAACAAAGCCUUUUCAUCAAACAAAUCGUUGAAAUUGAUGACGUCAAUGCUAUUGAAUGGUUCCCAUCAUUUGCCACGGGUAAUAGCAGUGAGCCAGAAUUGUCGACUUAUAAGGACUCUUUGGCAAAAAUAUACAAAUUGCAUUUGUUAUUUUAUCUCUCAGAUAAGGACCUGGAAAAAAAGUCUUUUGCUUCUGAGAUGGGAAACUAUGUUUUAAAGCUUCCAAAUAAUUGCAAUUGUAGUAUUGCUGUUUUGCCACAAAUGCAUUUAAUAGCUAGGUACUUAAACGAGGAAGAUUUGAAUGAGACGUAUUUUAAAAGAGCUGAACUAUACACGAAGACUGUCAAAUACCCUGUCUUCAAUCCAGAGAACCUUCUUAGUGGUGCCUAG